AUGACGUUAUUUUGCUAUGUGAUUGCGGCUUUUUUGACCCCGGCGAUUUUCGCCGACCUUUGGGCCGAAACUGAACGGAUGCCCGAUCUGCAGCAGGUUUUUCUGAAAAAAAAAACUAUAACAGUGCAACAUUGAUGAAGUAAAAAAAUAACGUGAACCGAAUAAUAGAAAAAUGACCCUUAAGUGAUUUCUUGGAACAUCCCAAAUGGUGUUGGGAACUAUCAAAAUUUUUAAGGUAAUUUUUCUUUUUAGUAAAACUUUUGGCUCGUACUUCGGUAACGGAAACCGGAAUUUUCUGAGCACUUCUAGGGAUCACUUAAGAGUGCUGACGCCACUAAAGUGGUCACUAGAAAUUCCGGUUCGCGUCACCAAGGCUUGAGGAGAAGCUUCAUUUUUUUUCCCUUCAUAUUCCAAAAUUUGCAGUGGCGCGCACUUUGCGGCCACUAUACAGUAGCCACGGCCUACAUGAAGGACAGUAAUGCGAGGAUUACGGUAUUUGCGCCAGUCGAUGAUGUCUUCACGUACAAUCCUGACAUUAGGGCGUUGGACCAGAAGGAAACUUUGAGUCAUAUUGGUGGGUCUCGAGCGGAAAAGCUGCAGUUAUCCACUCAUAAUUUCCAAUAGAGUACUGGAAGCUCAAAAACCGCCAAAUUUUGGUCAAACCUAGAAAGAUUUUUUUUUUCUAGAUUUUUCUGGAAUAUUUCCUUUUUUUUUUACUUAUAUUAACUUGAUGAGUGAAUUAAUUGUUUCGCUUGAAAAUUUCGUUUUUAACGAACCGUAUAAAAAGCAGGCUUAGUUACUCUUGAAGGCUCCCCUUUAGGGACCACUAAAGAGUGGUUCCUGUAGGGGACACGCGAGUCGAUCAUUGUUGUGAAGCAUUUUCAUGCGAAAGACACGACGAACUAGCUUUUUUUUGAAAGAAAAAUAUGAACGAAGGGACACUUUUUGGCACCAAAGAGGCUGUUUUUCCCUCCACCUCUUUAGGGACCACUCAGGCCUUCCUAAAAACAUUGCAUUCUUUCAGUCGAUUCACAAGUGGUGGAAAUAACGCAGGGCAAAAAAUGGGAGAAACAAACUUUGAUCCGGUCGACCAUCAACAGUGGCUACGUCUACGUCACUCAGUUUGAAAAUAACCCCGGGAAUUUCGUGAGUUGAUGCGCAGCCAAUUUAGUGAUACUCAGUCUUUUCAGUCCUACUUCGCGAAUGCUGGAAUGAUGUGCAACCAUGCUUCGAACCAAUGGGGCAUCAUUUCCGGAGAACAAUACCUUUUUAAGGUUUCUUUGAAGCAGAAAUUCAAAAUAAAAUGGAAUAUUCUUAGAUCUGCACUCCAAUGGGCCAUCGACCGUACCCGGGCACAGCGCUGUCAUUUAUCCGCGAACAUGACAAUACUGUUUUCGAAGAGCGGCAAUACAACAAUAGAGAUUUAUCGUUGGUUUUCCAGAGCUUUGAGACCAAAAAAGGAGACUUUUAGUAUCAGUCUUGAACUGUUUUUUUGGUUUAUAGCCGCGAAAAAGUCGGAUAAUUUCAAGAAAGUUUUUGUAACGUUCGAUUUCUCUCUCGACUUUCCUUUAUUUUGAGGGCUUAUAUGAUUUUCCGGUUUGUAGAGAGAACUUGGAUCUUUUCUCUUCUUUUUUAAGGGCUUUUAUACUGAACUCGCAUUAUUUUGUGUUUUCUUUAAUUUAUAAAAAAAAAAUUGAAAACACCCAUUCGGAAAAAAUUUCUUGAGAAAAAAAAAAUGAAAUUCCAGUCAAAUCCGAGAAAUUCUGGAUAUUGUACCUGAUAUCGCCUUGGUGAUCUAUGGAAGCUCGGCCUGGAACGGAUUCCACACGUUUUUCCUGCCCAACGACAAGGCUUUCGCUAGAGUAUGUUCUUGAGUGGUUACUUAAGAGUUUUUGGAACGGUAUAGUGAGCUCUUUAGAGGUUUCGAACUUUCGUCACUUUUUUUAAAGUUCCUUCUCUUGAAAGACUUACCAUGAAGGUUAUUUCAAUCGCAGUCACUCUAGCGGUCACUUCAGAAGUGGCUCCUUAGGCGCUUUUUUUUCGAAAUCCCUAAGAGGCUUCUAAUAUUAUUAAUUGUUUCAAUUUUCCAGGUAAUCGACCGGAAUCGGAUAGAUCGAGAAGUGCUUCUUGCUCAUGUUACCGGAACGAAUAGGUAAAUUUAUUCCAUAGUUCAAUGGUUAAUUAGUAAAUGUAGUUAAAAGAGUCGUUGGUUCAAUUCCUGCCCAGAUAAAAUUUUUUUUGCCAUUUUACAGAGUUCUCUUCACCUGGCCAUGGCUCUAUGACGGUGGGCAGCAUUAUUAUCCGUCCGUAAGGUUGGUCGAGUGGUUAAGAAAAUAGACUAGUGAUGAGGGUUGUUGGUUCGAUUCCUGUCAAGGGCAGGAACUUUUUUGCUAGUUUUCAGAGAAGAUAUACUAAUGCCAUGUUGAAAUUGAUUCUGCGAAAUUAAAAAUAGUCAUCAGAGAGGGAAAAAGACAACUAAAUUCUGGAAAGUCAGAGAUAAUUUCGCAUAGCUCUGACCACGGUGUUGGAAUCGUAUACCAGGGGGAAAUUCUGAAUAAAAGCGAAAGAGAAAGAUUAUUAGCAUUUUCAAGAGACACCAGAGAAGACAGAUUUUUCUAUUUCUGUGGCGUCUCUUCAAGUCGUGUUAAUCUAUAGCUGGCGCUUAUAUUGUUUCAAAUUCUACUUACCUUUCCUCUCGAAAUUGUAUAUUUAUUCUUCAGAUUCUCCUCAAACAUCAUAGAAGACAACUUUAAACUGAAGCUGGUCAUGAGAAAUAUUACCGACCGUCGGACUGGCAAAUAUGACCGUUAGUUUUCGCUGCGUAUCCGAAAAUUCGCUGAGCAUCAACUCCAGUUUACGCCGUCUCGGAGGUCUACGAACGCUAUUCGCAGUUCCGCCGUGGCGCCGUUUGGGCCAAAAUCCUGGUCCCGAAUAUUCCGGUUCAAAACGGAGUUGUUCACAUCAUUGACAACGUCUUGGGCAUCGUUUCGGAGACUAUUGAUAUGGUAAUUUACAGUUCCAAAAAGAGUUUUGAUAUAUAGUGGAGGAAGGGUUGGAUGGUUCUGCAAAAAUAAUUGUGGCCUUGAAGUAACUUUUUAAAAAAGACUCUUAAAAUCACAAAACUUAAUGAAUUUCUGAUUUCUGAUUUUGAAAGUGAUAUCAUUCUUAGUGAUAACUUUAGCAACGUCAGAAUGCCCCAGACGUUCCCUAGUGCUUCCCUGACAGUUCUGACACUGCUAAAUGGAUCACUAGAAAUGUCCGCAGCAAGUUCACCCUCCACCUUCAAAACCUCUUGUUUUUUCUCUCGAAAUCCCGCACUUUAACUGAAUUUUCGCAUCACUUCAGCUGAUCUACGAAAAUCCUAAAUGUGGGAUUCUGAUGCGGUACAUCAAUACGAUCGGGCAAAUCGUCAGGAAUUAUUUCUCGGCGACCGGAGGCCUCGUGACCUUUUUCGCUCCAUGGGACGAGGCUUUCGACCGAAUUCCUGAGCAGAUUGAGAGAAGAUUGCUCAGGGACCGGAUCUGGUUGGAACAGGUGUGGGAUCUUCAAACAUAGGAAGUUUUGAGAUACGAUAAAAAGGAAUAAUACGGAUAAUAAUGAAAACAGUCUCGAAAAACUCAAUUCUCAAAGUUGUUUUUUUUUCCUGUAUGAGAAUAAGUCGAUUAAAACCCUAACAGAUAAAAAAUGUCCUCAGAUUUUGGGCUUCAAUUACUAUGACGUAUUUUAAAACGCUCUGUGAAUGGCUCGCUCUCUGAUUGGUUUAUCGCGCCUUAGGGGCGGAGCUUGAGUGACGACUCAAAAUUCUAAUUUUGAACAGACUAUAGACGAAAUAAAACGUGAACUUUUUAAUAUUUUUCAAAAGGACUUCACAGAUUCUCAAACUUCACAUCGUUCCUGCGAAAGAACUGACUACGGAUGAAAUCAACAACGAAACGAUCGUCAAUACUGUGGACAACAUGCGGCAGUUGUACUUUAUCAAAGGAGAAUGGCCUGUAAAUAACAUAAGUGAGUAGAUUCUGCUAGAAAGUCUUGUUUUUAAAGGACCAUAGAGAAAAUGAAUAAGAGUCUCGAGACGAAGUCCCUUUUUCAUUUUGGUUUUGAAUAACUCUAAAAGACUCACAAGGGAGCCCAUUCAGUGCAAGUUAUUUGAAUUUUCCGUGAGUUGGCCAAAAAAUCUCUCAAACCCUUGAUGAAGAGUUUAAAAGAGCGUAGAUAAGUCUGAUAUAAGAAGUUUCAAGAUGAGUUAAUUACUCAUAAAAACAACUUUCCUCCUUGAAGAGCUUGUCAGACUAAAACUCAAAAAAUUCCGACGAGAUUUUCAUUUUCAACGGACCAACCUGAUGUUCGAAUAAUGACGUCAUUUUCUCAGCCUACUACGUCAUCGGCGGCGGAAUUCGGACGGCGAUCAUGAUGGAGAACGUGGCGGCGACCAAUGGAAUCGUCCAUUAUAUUGAACGGGUCCUCGGGGUUCCCUACCAAUCCUUGUGGGAGAUCAUGAGGAAUGAAAGCCGAUUACAGUUCGUUUUAUGAUGAUUCGCAAUUUUUUCUGACCUGUCUGCGCUCUCUUUCCUCUCGCAGGCGCGAGAAAUAGCAAGGGGGCGAAGAUAAAUCACACAACAAAGGAAGCGCUAGAAGCUCCUUAGUGACCAAGGGGAUUUAGCUUUUCUUCGUUGUUAACUUGAAAAAAGGGAGUACUUUACAAGCACCAUUAGAGAUUCGGGGAAAAGAGGGCGCCGAGAAGCUAGAACGUUUCAAUUUCAGGCGAAUGUGUUUUGUGUAAUUUGUAGACGAUCUUUCGAGAUGAUGCAGAACUUGCAACUUCGCUACGCUCUGGACCCCUGGCAAGUGCUGACUCCCGAGCAGAACUUCACCUUUUUCUGUCCUGUCAACGAGGCUUGGAAUGGGGUGAAUAUUUGGUAUAAACUGAAGAAGACGUUCAUUUUUCUUCAUGAAAUUGGAUCGGAAUUCUAGAACUACCAGGAAAAGUUCAGCACAUUCUCACCCUGCAACUAUUUGUCUAUUUAAAAGAUGGGGGUCUUAAAGUCGGAUAGUACUCGAUGUGAGCGGAAUUUCGAAGUUUUCUUUGACUUGAGAUGUCCUUCUCAGAAGUCUGGGAAGCUGUUGAGAUGGAGCCUCUGUGGAAGCUCGAGAAAUAUUCUCACAAAAUCUCUAUCAGUAAGGGGAAAUGUCCUACCUUGUAAGAAGAAAGCGCUGGAAACUGGAAAAAGUAAUAAUAUUAUGUUCAUUCCUUCCUGACUGAGAGGCGAUAUGAGUAGGUUGGCAACGCGUCGGGUUGCGUACGCGAAGCGGCUUUUGGAGGGUAACUCGAGGUCAAACACGAAUCACUUUUUGAAAUGGUUUCAUCUGUUUUGAUAGUUUUCCAUAUAUCUCUCUUUUUUAUUUCUAAAAAAAUAGUUGAACGAAUAGAAGUAUAAUUUUUCUACAUUUUCGCCAUGCCUCAGAGUUUCCUGCCAGAAGACGCGUCCCCCUAGCCACUCUACUCAUCUCGCCUUCCAAUUAGGGAAAAAUUGAAUACUUUCGAAUUGUAAGGUCGCCCCAUCGCUAGUGGCUCGGAUGAACGACGGGAAUCACUGGCUGGCUUUGCAGUACGUCUACAAGCGACAUGUUCUUCAGGGGCAGGUAUAGUUUCCGUUUUUCCAUUAUAAGUUAUCGUUCUGUUAAAAGUUGAAGGAUUCCUUCGAUAUUAUGUUUCCUGUCUUUUCUAUUCAAUUUCGGAAUUACGUGUCCAAAUUUUGAGUAAUUGUUCGAAUUCUCAGGCUCUGAUGUACACGGAUCUGCGAGAAAGGACGUAUGUGAUGAUGAACGAUGAGAAGGUGGUCAUUCGAAGGCGUGGAAGAUGUUCGUUGCAACUAAUAACAUUGGAUAAUCACUGAAAGUUUCAGUUUUCGAGCUCUUCUGGCCCCGCGGAAACCGAAGGGCACGGGUUAUUGAAGGCGGCGAAAUUGCAGGUUUGUAUUGGAUUAAGAAGAAAUUCUUAGUUUUUUGGAGUCCCUUGAGUGAUCACUGGAAACUGUUAAGCGAAUUCGCCUCAGAGUUUAUCAAUUUCCCUCGCUUUUUCCCUUGAAAUAUCUCUCGGCAAACUUGAAGUGGUUCCUAGAGUGAACGGAGCUUUAACAGACUGAUUUUGGUGUGAGUUCGUAAAUUUUUUUUGCUUAAGUGGCCACUUGGCAUGUUCAAUCCCUACAGGCUUAAAAAACUAUAUCACACGAUUUUUUUUUCUAAAUUGCAUCAUAUCUCCUACUUAAGGGACAACUACGGAUUUGGAAUGAUCCCGGAGUGGAUUUCUUCAAGUUUUGUUAUCUACAGCCAUACUUCUAAUUUUUUCAUGGAUUUUUUAUUUCUGAUGAAAACGGCUUUUCUCAGGGAUCAACGGCUACAUACACAUGGUCGAAGACGUGCUCAUCUACGAGCCGGACUUGAGAGCUCCCGGAUGCUCAACGGAGCCGGCAGUGCUCCAGUUCGUCCUCAUAGUUACCGUCAUGAUCUGGAGACCUGGCUGGAAUCGAUUCCUCGCCUUAUUCUACCCGACUUGA